UCAUCCAUUUGUCUGUUUAUUCAUUUGUGUUGAUUGCCUAUUCUGCUGCUAAGAAGUAUUUUCAGCUUUUGGUACCCAGAGCUGGAAGCUGUGUGCUCUGACACAGGAGGCCUCAGACAGCCAGAAGGGCAGCAUCUCUCUGCUGCCUUCUCUUACCCUCUGUCCAAGUUCUCAAGGAAGGUUAUAAAGGCACUCAGAGUUCCUUCCCAAGCAAUCUUUAGAAAAUGACCAAAUAUGAACAAACUGAACUGAAAAUAUUGUGUCCAGGCUUCAGUUAGGAGUCAUUACCAGAGGAAGUAGGGCUUGGUUUUUUAGUCUACCAGCAAUCGUCUCCUUUUACUUCUUCUUUUUUUUUUUUUAACUUCCAUUUGAACCUACAAUAUGUGUAGAAUUUGUUUUGUAUCAGGUCAUUUUUAUUUUUGGAUCAAUAAACAUUAAAGAUAGAAACUGUCGUGAAAUUGCCUUUGUGAUGACGGACAUCCUGUUGGAUCUCUCUGAAAUCCUCGCUAAGUAUGAGCCCUGGUGUGUGUGUGGCAUGUUGCAUGGCAUUUAGGGGACCACUUAAGAACCUGUGGAAUUUUGGUUGUUCCUUACUCUGAGGUUGUGCAGAACAUCUCCUAAUCUGAGAUUAUGCAGAACAUUUUCUUUCAAAAGUUAUGUAAGUACCCUAUAACCUAUCUCUUUUUCUUCAUUUAUGGUAUGUUUAUGAGACAAAUUACCAAAUGGCAUUAUUUAAUAAAAGCAGGAAGAAAGUUUCCUCAAAGAGGAUGGGUGGCCUUCCUCAUGUCACUCAGUGGCCCCAGCCAAGACCUCAGUGGAAAUUUUGGUGUGAGAAUUCUGAUCACAUUAUUCUUUCUAACAAAUCAAACCAAAUCAACCCUUUGCCCCUGCAAACAAACCACGAUUUCAAAUAGCUUUAAGUCUUGAAAAUAAAUUUUAACGGGGAGAAAGCAAGCUGUUCUUGGUAUGAAGCCAGAUCCACCCAUAGUCCCCAGACCCAGAUUUUUCUAUUCAGGAAGACAGGCAUUAGCAGAUUUAAUGGUAGCAUUUGGUCAGGUUUGAAUGGGGUCACAUGGAAGGAUUCCAUUUCCUGCUGCUGCAAAAGCCUGCUCAGAUGUGAGAAGCCAGCAGUAAAAAUGAUUUCUAGGAAUGUAGACUGCAACUCUAAGCUUUCUUGGUUGCAUUGGCAACAUUGUUGGCACAUGUGUGGUUCUUGGAAUUAUAGAAUUGCUUGAGAGACACUUAUUGAGCUGCAGAAAGAGAGUUGCCAGCAAAUAAUGCUCUAAGCACAGAUAAUUCUAUAGACUUUGCAGUGUCCCUUUAGCUCUAAAAGAUCUAUCUGUAUCAUAGAAGGUUGAAAAUGUGAGCUUUUCAAAACAUGUAGCUUUCUUUAAUAAUCCCUUCCAUUGGAUCAACUGGAAGAUCUAAGCUCCCUGUCAGCCCUUUCAUAUUGUAACUUACAGUGAAGACAGGAAGUCAAGGAUAAAAGAAAGAAUUAAGCCUCAUUAAACACUUUUCAGGUCAGGCUAGGAGCUUUUGCUGGUGUUCUCACUCAGUCUUCUUAGGUUGGUAUUCUCCCAUUUCUAAAGAUGAAGAAACUGAGGCGCAACCAAGUUAAACAUUUUGCAAUUAUCCAGCUCUCAAAAGUGAUCAAGUGAGGCCCAGUUUUAUUGGAUUUUAACACUUAAUUUCUUUCCACUUGUACCCAUUACAUCUCUUAGAAUUCAGUCAUUCUUCACCUUAUUGAAGCCAGGAGACCCCCCCUCCCCUCCUGAUAAAAGGCACAGCCAUAUUAUAUUAGUCACAAUUCCAGGCCCUUCCUGGACAUCUUGAGAUCUAUUCAUGGACCCCAGAUAUAGAACCCAGUGUCUAUAGAGAAGCCAUGGUCAUUUGUGUUUUCCUCCAAGAAGACAGCCAGCUGGUGUUUAUGUUACUCACUCUUCAGGCCUCAAUUGAAGAGAUACUGUGUUAAUGUGAUUGUUCCUGUUGUUUUAUCUUCAUCAAAGAAAGGGAAAGCUACCCCUAGGGAGUAGCUGUAGAAUCACAGAAUCUCAGGAUAGAUGUGUACUUAGGAAUCAUCCACAAUCCCCUAUCUUCAGAUCCACACUGUGAGUUAGGCACUAGCAUUAUUCUUCAUUCACAGAUGAGAAAACUGCCAUGGAAAGAUGCACAAUUUGUCCAGGUCCUUCAGAAGCUGGGGAAAGCUGACGAGACAAAAGAUGAACAGUUUGAAGAAUAUGUCCAGAACUUCAAACGGCAAGAAGCAGAGGGCACCAGACUUCAGCGAGAACUCCGAGGAUAUUUAGCAGCAAUCAAAGGCAUGCAAGAGGCCUCCAUGAAGCUCACGGAGUCGCUGCAUGAAGUCUAUGAGCCAGAUUGGUAUGGGCGGGAAGAUGUGAAAAUGGUUGGCGAGAAAUGUGAUGUGCUGUGGGAAGAUUUUCAUCAAAAACUUGUAGACGGGUCCUUGCUAACACUGGAUACCUACCUGGGCCAAUUUCCUGACAUAAAGAAUCGCAUCGCCAAGCGUAGCAGGAAGCUUGUGGACUACGACAGUGCCCGCCACCAUCUGGAAGCUCUGCAGAGCUCCAAGAGGAAGGAUGAGAGUCGAAUCUCUAAGGCAGAAGAGGAAUUUCAGAAAGCACAGAAAGUGUUUGAAGAGUUUAAUGUUGACUUACAAGAAGAGUUACCAUCAUUAUGGUCAAGACGAGUUGGAUUUUAUGUUAAUACUUUCAAAAACGUCUCUAGCCUUGAAGCCAAGUUUCAUAAGGAAAUUGCGGUGCUUUGCCACAAACUGUAUGAAGUGAUGACAAAACUGGGUGACCAGCAUGCCGACAAGGCCUUCACUAUCCAAGGAGCGCCCAGAAUGAGGUGUGACUCGGGUCCUCUCCGCAUUGCAAAGACGCCAUCACCGCCUGAGGAGGCUUCACCACUCCCGAGCCCGACAGCAAGUCCAAAUCAUACAUUGGCACCUGCGUCUCCUGCACCAGUACGGCCUCGGUCACCUUCACAGACAAGGAAAGGGCCUCCUGUCCCACCCCUACCUAAAGUCACCCCUACGAAGGAACUGCAGCAGGAGAAUAUCAUCAGUUUCUUUGAGGACAACUUUGUUCCAGAAAUCAGUGUGACGACACCUUCCCAGAACGAAGUCCCUGAAGUGAAGAAAGAGGAGACUUUGCUGGAUCUGGACUUUGACCCUUUCAAGCCGGAGGUGACACCUGCAGGUUCUGCUGGAGUGACCCACUCACCCAUGUCUCAGACAUUGCCCUGGGACCUAUGGACGACAAGCACUGAUUUGGUACAGCCGCCUGACUCUUCAGAAAGUCUGUCCUUGUGUAACCUGAUCAUAGAGGAAACUCCAGACAGUGGGUUGGCCGAAGAAAUUCAAAGAUCUCAAAAUGAUAUAGGUGCAUUUACUUGGGGCCCUGAUGCUAGUACAGACAGGGUCAGCCAGGAAAUUACCUCAGGUAGGUUUGGAGAAGACUCUGCAUGUUUCUCCGAAGCAGAGCAAGGCAUGAGAUUAUCCACCAGACUGCUUUCGUCUGCUGACUGGCCCCCUGUAGCUGCACAGGGUGAGCAUGCCCCAGGGCCAGCCCUUCCAGGUGGAAAUGAACGACUGUCCCAAAAGCCCGUGCCUGAGGCUGGAGUUGCCAUUGCUGCUUGUGUGGAGACGGAACAGCCAUAUGACCCCCGUGACUCAGAGGUGCCAGCCGUGGACACAGCUGGCCUGUUCAAAGAAAGUCAUGAAGAUGUGAAGAAGUCAGAUGAAGAGGAAGAGAAAGAGAAGAUAGAAGAUUCUCUGUGGGCAGGUGUGGAGACGUGUCAAAAGGUAGACACUGGAGCUAUUGAUAUCAAGACACUAGAAGGUACAGAGGAAUUUGAAGAGAAAGCAUGUGAAAGGACAGGAAACAGAGUGGUGGAGCUUCUUAAUACCAUAGGAAAGGAAGACAAUAGGACCUUAAAAAUUAAUGAAGUGGAAACUAGGAAAGAUCUGAGAGCAGGGUAUAAGGAAAGUACAAAAACCAAUGAAAAUUAUUUUGAGAAAACUGACCUAUUAGAAACGGACAUGGAAAGAGGAGAUACAGUAAAAGAACUUAGUGACAGAGACCAAGGUCUACAUGAUGGAAUUCAAAAGGUAAUCGAUAAUUGUGGAAUGAUAGAAGGCUUUGGAGCCAAAUCCACCAAUCACCCAGAUAUCUUGAAUCCAUCUCUCCAGACCUACUCUGUAUCUAAUAUUGAAGAUGGCAGCCAUGAGGGUUGGGAUUUGGCUAGAAAAGACAUAAAGAAAAAUGCAGUAGACACUCCCAACCAUGAUAUGAUAUAUUACCCAGAACAAGGCAGUGCAGAUGCUGAAGAAAUUCAGUGUGAGACUGUGUUAAAUGCUCUUGUAGGUGACAGGGAUAAAAAUCAGGCUGUUUUAUCAAUAAAACUUGAAGUAGAAGCUCAGUCUAGGACUGGCCUUAGUUAUUCUCUGGGAAGUGAUGUAAAUGGGAGAGAUUUAUGUUCAUGUAAGGCAGAAAGUUCACUAAUAGAAGGGUCUGAAAGAACAGUGACUGAAAACUGUAGUCAUACUGUUAACUCGCCAAGAAUUGCAAAGAUAGACUCUUGGGGAACAGAUCCAGGUCAAAUCUGCCAGCCAAGCUUGAAUUCAGCAAUGAAUAAUUUGGAUAUAACAGGAUUCUCUGGUAUACCAGAUGGCCAAGCAAGUGGAUUUGCCAAUUGUCUGGAUUCUAUUAACCACUGGCCUAUCAGAGAUACAGAAGGCUUAGAUAAUAGCUGGAAACAGUUAGAUGCAGUUGAGCACAAGGAAGAACUGGAGGUGGACUUACUAGCAGUUGUAUGUGGGGAACAUGCCAUUGCUAGCUGCUGGGAACAAAGCCAGGAGAUAGCGAGACCAUUGAUUUUGGGGACCUCCCGGAAUGCUAGCACUGAGAUUUCUGCUAGUUCCCGAGACCAGGACAUCAACAACUCAGAUUUAUCUGAAGAUGAAAUUGCUAACCAGAGAUAUGGAUUGUUGUACCAAGAAAUAGAGGCUGACAAAGACGAGGUACUUACCCUAGUCUGUAGCAUAGACUAGCCAAAGACUUCUGUAGGUUCUGUUUUUCCUCAUGUCUCUCACCUACUUCAUUAUCUAUCACUAUCUUCUAGGAGGCCUGAUCUCUCUAACAGAGUGUCAUGUACUUCUUGAAAUAUGUGCAAACCAAACACAAAUAGGUUGACCAAAAAAAAAAAAAAA